UUUCAACAAUCAUCGAGUGUUUCUGAUGGAAGAAAUCUGGAACAGUUGAGUAGUAGUCGUGCCGGAGAGAAGAGUUUCUUGUUGUGUAUGAUAGAUUGACAGACGAUCGUAGUAGUGGUUAUCUAUCCACAUAUUGGAAUAUGCCGACUGUGGACGUGCGUCGGGAUGAGCUGUUCGCAGCUCUGAACCAAACUUUCACUGAUGAACAGUUUGACGAACUCUGCUUCGAAUUCGGACUGGAGUUGGAUGAAGUGACAUCAGAGAAGGAGAUGAUUGCCAAGGAGCAAGGUAGUGAUCGUGCAGCAAACGCAUCUGAAGAGGUUAUCUACAAGAUUGAUGUCCCAGCGAAUCGGUAUGAUUUGCUGUGUAUCGAAGGACUUGUUCAGUCACUCCUCGUCUUCCUGCAGAGAAAUACAGCAGUCCAGUAUCGACGCGUUGAGCCUGCGGAAGGUCAACGCCAGAGAAUCGUAAUCCAGCCAGAUACAGCCAAAGUCCGUCCUCAUGUUGUAGGCGCCGUCCUGCGCAACAUUCAGUUGGAUGAGACACGUCUCAAAAGCUUCAUCAAACUGCAGGACAAACUUCACCAGAAUAUCUGCAGAAAACGUACGUUAGUGGCCAUUGGCACCCAUGAUCUCGACACACUGGAGGGCCCAUUCUCCUAUGAAGCACUUCCACCGGAGCAGAUUGUCUUCACUCCUCUCAGUGAGACCAAGGACUUCAGCGCCAAGGAGCUAAUGACCCAUUACAAGGGAGAAAGCCACUUGAAGCAGUACUUGCACAUCAUCGAGGACAAGCCUGUCUAUCCAGUCAUCUAUGACAAGAAUCGUGUGGUGCUUUCUAUGCCUCCCAUCAUCAAUGGUGAGCACAGUAAAAUGACAGCCAACACUCGCAAUGUUUUCAUCGAGUGCACUGCCACGGAUCUGACAAAGGCGACCAUUGUUCUGAACAUUCUAGUAACCAUGUUCAGCAUGUACUGCAAGGAGCCAUUCACAGUUGAGGCAGUUGAUGUGCAGUUAGUGGAUGGAUCCGUAUGCACAUAUCCGGAACUGAAGUAUCGCACUGAAAGCGUACCAGUGGCUGAAAUCAACGGCAAAGUGGGAAUCAAUGAGCCUGCGGAAAAGUUGUCCUCGGUGCUUACACGCAUGUGCUUGACUAGUGAGCUGUCGGAGGACAAGAAAAUCAUCGCUGUGACAAUCCCACCUACCCGUGCAGAUGUGAUGCAUGCGUGCGACAUUGUUGAGGAUGUCGCUAUUGCCUAUGGCUAUAACAACAUUGAGUUUGUCUUGCCACAGACGUGUACAAUUGGAAAGCAGCUGCCAAUGAACAAAUUGACUGAUUUAUUACGUGCUGACGUUGCUCAAGCUGGCUUCACGGAAGCACUGACUUUCACCCUGUGCUCUCGCGCUGACGUCUCUUCGUCUCUGCUUCACCCCAUUGAGUCUGUUCCCGCUGUGCACAUUGGAAACCCAAAGACGUUAGAGUUCCAGGUCGCGAGAACGACUCUGCUUCCAGGUAUUCUAAAAACCGUUGCUUCCAACCGCAAAGUGUCACUACCCCUGAAGUUGUUUGAGAUCUCUGAUAUUGUUGUCAGAGAUGAGAAAUCCGAGGUUGGUGCCAAGAACCUACGUAGCCUGUGUGCUGUGCAUUAUGGCAGAAGACCAGGAUUUGAGGUCAUGCAUGGCCUUCUGGACCGUCUGAUGCAACUGCGUGAAGUACCAUGCACUAAGGAUGGCAGUGGCUACUGUCUGGAAGCUAGUUCAGAUCCAACCUACUUCCCUGGCCGAUGUGCGUCAGUCAUGGUACGUGGCGAGAAGAUCGGAACACUUGCUGUUCUGCACCCGGACGUGCUGAAGAACUUUGAAUUGAACUUGCCGUGUGCCGUGCUGGAUCUGGCCAUGGAACCGUUGCUGUAGAAAGGAGGAUUGAUGCCCUUACCAUAACCAAGUGUCAUGUUGAAACAUCAUUUUUUUAACACGCACAGAUGCGCGGCAUACUCAUAAUGUGCACUACUAUAACAACUAGUCCCGCUGUUUGGGUGUUAGUGUUUCUGAUCCUAGUCGACUACUGCAUUUAGGCAUGACAUGUUUACACCUAACUGCUUUUUUUCUUUUCUUUUCUUCAAUGAUUUUGCCUCCUAAUUAUUUUAUUUUACUUUCCUGAACCCAUUUUCGGCCGGUGACGUCUACCGACACCAAUGAUACUCAGUACAGUGUAUCUAUCUGUUUCUGGUUGGUCCUGGUUAUGUGUGUUGUUACAGACAGUGUUUCUAACUCCACAAGUCAUAAUGAUGCUGGUACUCAA